AUGGCUUUGAUUGUAGUCUAUAUUCCCUUCCAAGCGAACACGAGCAUUGGUUAUACUAAAGACAGAGCUGGAGAAAAACCUAAUCCACCAAAGAAAGCACCAAAAGUAAAAUUAAGAACAUACAAAUUGAAUAAUCCUGAAGUAGCACGAGACUAUAGAAAUAUAAUAGAAGAAAUGAUAGAAGAAACCGAUACUGAAAGGUUGAAUUGUCAACAAACAUGGACAGUAUUGAAGGAGGCGAUGUGUAAGGGUGUGGUACGAUUAUGCGGAACAACAAAGGAAAACCCAAAAAGGAAACAAACUCAUUGGUGGAACGAAGAAAUUAAGAACGAAGUGAAAAUCAAGAAGAGGAUGUGGAGAGAGUACCUGCAAUGGAAAACAAAUGGAAAUUAUAAUAAAUAUAAAGAACAAAGGAACAAAGUAAAAGAAGUAAUAAAGAAGACAAAAGAAAAGUCUUGGGUAGACUUUGGAAAUAAAAUGGAACAGGAUUAUCAUACUAACCAAAAGCUCUUCUACAGAAUUCUGAAGAGUUUAAGAACAAACAAGAAAGAAGAAACAAUUAAACAGAUAAGAAACGCAGAGGGUAUUUUGCUGAAAAAGGAAGAAGAGAUUAUGGAAACUUGGAAAAAGUAUUUCGAGAAACUACUGAGCAGCGACGAAACUGACAGGUCCGUCGACGUGGUGGGAGACGAUAAAGAAUGGGGACAAGAAGCAAAAAUAGAGAUUAACACGUUGACUGCCGUAAUAGUCACACAAAUUUCGAUCCUGCUGGCCGAAAAAAUGCAACGCUCUGCAGUAAUCUUGUUCAUUCUUGUGCGUCCAACGGUAGUGUUGGUUUAUUCGGUUUGUGUCCCCUGCAUAGUUUUUACUAUAUCUCAAUUGUUGGUGUUGUACAAAAUGAAUUACGAAAAAGAACAAGAGGAACUGAAUCGCCUUUGGCAGGAAUGUCUCUCAGACGAAGACGAUAAUGAACCGUUUGAAGAUUCAGGUGAUGAAUUUGUCCCAGAAAGCUCUGAUGAUUCUUCUAAUGAUGAACCAAUUUCCAAAAAAUUAAAGUUUGUAAAGGAGCCAAUUCCUUCUACAUCCAGGGAUACACCCGACAGUGUGUUGGACACAAUAAACGAUGUGAUUGAAAGAUGUAUGGAAGAAGGUAGUGACGAAGAUAAUGCAAAUGAACACUGUGACAAUACUAACGAACUAACGUGGGAGGAUGUGAGCGGACGAAAUUUGAAAUUGUUUCCUUUCACAGAAAUAAAUGUUGGAGUCAAAGAAGAAAUACAUGCUGAAUAUUACGACAAAGGUCCCUACGAGUUUUUCAAGCUGUUUCUAACUGACGAACUGAUAAGCAUGAUGGUGAUAGAGACCAACAGGUAUGCGACUCAGUGCAAAGCCUCUGCAACAUUGCCCAAAGCCCGCAUUCGUGAAUGGCAUGAUACAAAUUGUGAGGAAAUGGAAAGUUUUAUUGGAACUCUCGUUUGGAUGGGUUUGUGUCCAUUUUCUUCAAUCGAGGCGUAUUGGUCCAAAUGUUUCGUUUACACCAACAAAAUAAAAGACAUCAUGUCUCGAAAUCGUUUCCAGCUGCUUCUCAAGUCGUGGCAUUUCCACAACAACGAAAUACUGACGGAAGAUAGAUUGCAGAAAAUCACUCCUCUGACAAAUCUGCUGAUCAAAAAUUUUCAAAACGUUGUUAUUCCGAAAGAGCAUGUAUGUAUAGACGAAACUUUAGUGCCAUUUCGGGGGCGUUUGAGUUUUCGCCAAUAUAUAAGCAACAAAAGACAUAAAUUUGGCAUCAAGCUUUAUAAACUGUGUCUUGAAAAAGGAUACACAUAUAAUUUGCAAGUAUAUUGUGGAAAGGAUAAAGUACCCAAUCAGUCUUCUUCAGAAAAAGUCGUUCUUUCUUUGUCUGACAAUCUGUUAGAUAAGGGGCGUACAAUUUACACCGAUAAUUAUUACACCAGCAUUUCCUUAGCGCAUCAGUUGUUGAAGAGAAACACACAUUUAGUUGGAACGCUGAGAACCAAUAGGAAAUUUAAUCCCAAACAUAUAACGGAAAAGAAAUUACAAAAAGGUGACACAAUUGCCGCCGAAAGUAACACAGGUAUAGUGAUUCAAAAAUGGAAGGACAAGCGAGAUGUUUGUACUUUGAGCACAAAACAUACCGCUGAAAUGAAAACAGUCAGCCACUUCGGUAAAGACAGUCAAAAACCAAUAGUUGUAACUGUUUACAACAAGCACAAAUCUUACAUAGACUUGUCAGAUCAAAUGAAGUCUUACACCACUUCGCUACGAAGGGGUGUAAAAUGGUAUCGCAAACUUGCUGUUGAACUGAUUGUGGGUGCUGCGGUGGUAAAUGCUCACAUUCUACAUCAAGAGGUAGCUAAUGAAAAAAUGUCGAUCACGAAAUUCAAAGAAGAACUUGCUCUGAAACUAACUAAAAUAGACAUUCGUCAUGACACAACGCACCAUCAACAAGCCGAGCAUGUGUUAGAAGAUGUAGGAACCAAGAGUCGCCCCGGCCACUACAACGUGUAG